AUGAGGCCAACUCCGACUCCAACAUCGACAUCACCAUCGCGGCUCCUCCAACUCCCAGCCGAACUCCGGCUCAAGAUCUACGAAUAUGCACUAGACGUACCCAAUGAUUACCUAGUCAGCAAGCCAAUGAUCGUGCUCGCCGAUCACGGCAACACCUUCACAGCUCGCGGCCAAUACCGCGCAAUCUCAAUGAGUCCUCACUGGGUUGGCGAAGACGGCACCGCGCGCAAGCUAUUAGCGGUGAACCGCCAACUCCACGACGAAGCCGAAGACUAUCUAUACUCAACACACACGCUCUUCCUCCGCAACUCCUUCAAUCUCGACCGAUUAGCAGAGUUCCUGGACACGCUCAGCGCAACCGCCCGCGCCCGCAUCCGCAGCGUCGGCUUCGAGAUCUUCUUCUUCGUGCACACGCAGACCGGCGUGCCGAAGCGCACGCUAAAACAAUACGAGGCCGCGGGACGGCUUCUAUCCGAGAAGCUUCCGAUGUGGAAUAGCGUGCUGCUUUAUCUCGAUCCACGCUACUAUUAUCCGUCUGCGAACGUGGGUGGUCGGGAUCUCACGGCCCGGGGGGUAUUCGACCUUGCGACGCGCUUUGGCGCUUUGUGCAAAGAUGUCAGCUUCUAUCCGUUGCCGAAUGGCGAUCAGCAUCUGCUGGAUGAGGCGCAGCAGUUUGUUUGGCGCAGUCGGUCGCCGAUGAGACAGUCGGAUCGGUCUAUUAAGGGGUGUUCUGCUUGGUCUUUGGAUUUCAAGAAACAAAUGGUGCCAAGCCGGCUGCGGCCCACCUCGUCUGUUCUCUGA